AUGAGCCUGAACAACGAUUCUAAGUACGAUAUUGGCGAAAAUGUGAUUUAUAGAAAGCUACUUAAGUUGUCGCGCGAUAUAAGACAUGAAUUCGCGCAGCGAUGGCUGUCUCGAGCAGGGACAAGUCAGUGGCGUAGCAUAUCAAAGGUCUUGGCAAGAGCGUCUCAUGCAACGGACAAGAAAGCUGACACUAAAAUAUGUCGGUAUUUAGCAGCCAAAAUGUGUGUUCUGGGUAUCAAUUUGGGCCAACUCGCGGAGCUUGACUGUCUAGACGUGUUCGAAAAUGGCAACCAGCAUAGAUGGUCAGUGUUGACCGCUACGGACGCGAAAAGAAAGCGAGUUUCACUGCGCGUCGUGCCCGAAAAAGUGGUUAGUUCACUCGUAAAGGAUUUGGAAGGUCUUUUUCGCAUACACACAUACGUCAAAACACACCCCAGGCUGCCGCUACUCAUAUUACGCGUUCAAAUUUUUGACUUGGAGGAUCCCACUCAAUCAUCCAGGCCUGCCAGUAGGAUGCCCUUCUACGUCGCGCUCCCGCACAAUUCAGCCACGCUUAUUUUCUCGGCCUUUGCUGACGUGGGCGCAAAGCUGAUAGUCAGUAGUGUGAUGAGAUGCGUAUGUCAUAAAGAUGGCAUUGUCUUUGAGAAAAUCAGAAAGACACCGAUACGAAAUCUCGACACCGUCGCGGUUCUGUGCAAUAUAACGCGUGAUGCAAACGCUAUGGGACCAUGGAGCGAUUAUGCAAGCAGUGCAAUUGAGCCUUCACCUUUGAAUAUUGCGAAGCUGCGCGAGCUGCCUAAAUUGUCGUCCCUUCGAGCCUCAAGCCUCAAAGAGAGAUCUCGAUUGAGAUUCAGAGGUGCGAUGCUUCAAAGCUCCCGAAUAGCUGCAAAAACGGGGGAGCAAUCAAGCCACCAAGUUCCCGAGUACAGCUCUUCUCUCGCAGUGCCUCGAGUCGACUUCACAGUGCAUAACAAAUCGGCAAAUAGCCAAGAUGUUCGUUUCAAAAUGAAGCUUUUUGGUACAGACGUCUUUGGCGGGUUGCAUGAACUGUGUGACCAUAAUUACAUCGAUCUCGAGAAAAUGCCUGGCUGGAUAGCAGGUGAAAACGGCCCACGAAAUGGGACUAUCUAUAAUGGUGAUUUUAAAGAGGAUAUGAGGUAA